AUGUCUCAGCUCGAUGAUCUUGCUUAUCAUUCCAAGAACCCUAUUGCGGAUAUUCUCAAGACUUUCCUAAAUAGUUUCUAUUCAAAAGCCUAUUAUCUCGCUCUCUAUGAACUUUAUAACGAUCUAAGCAAUUAUGUACGUCGCGGAAUAAACAACAACAACAACCUCUCACAUCUUUCCGUUUAUUUCCGUCAAAUAUCGGAUCUAAUCUAUGAACAAGGAAUUGAUGUCAUAUAUUUCGAAGAUCUUGGUUCCGCUAUCGUCGACAAUGAGAACGAGAAAAAAUCUUAA